UCACAUCGGGCUCCCGCUCUGCAAAUGGGAUGGAUGUUCUGUGGACUCUCUUGUCUGCAGUCGCAGAGCUUGUGGUCCUCUUCGCUCUCCUCCACCUGGCAUUUGUUGUGGGGUACUAUCUCCGCAACGUCAAAGUCCCACAUGGCGUCUGUGGACCCUGGAAUCUGAAGUUUUUAGCGUUUUUAAUUAUAUGGGUGGUGUCAAUGGAUUACGUUUUGAAGAAAAUAGGCAUCGUAAAGACAGACUUUGCUCUGGCGAACUUCAUCCUGGACACACCUUUUUUUGUGUCCAAGGAUCCAUCCCUCUCCAUCUGCAAUACCCACAUAGAGGGCGUCCCUGUGAGGUUAUAUCGGCCCAAACCACACCGACUUUUGCAGAGAGGGGUCCUUUUCAUUCAUGGAGGAGGUGGUACCACUGGAAGCAUUGCUUCCUAUGACCCACUGUGCCGCUAUCUCUCCAAAGAAAGUGACUCAGUCAUUUUAUCCAUUGGGUACUCUCUGGUUCCUUACCAGCCCUAUCCGGUGCAAUACUACCAAUGCCUGGACGUUGCCAUUCAUUUUAUGAAACAUGCCGAAGAGUACGGGGUUGAUUCCAGUCGGGUGAUAAUCUGGGGGGACAGCUUCGGAGGAUUGGUAGCAGCGUCCGUUUCCCAGAUGCUCAUCCAGAAGGAUGGUGCCCCCAAAUUAUGCGCUCAGAUGUUGGUGUACCCUUUUCUUCAGUCCGUGAAGCACAGCCUGCCUUCCUACAUGCAAAAUCUCCAUUCACCUCCCUUAGGCAAGAUAGGCCUGGUGACACUGGCCUUGAAGUACAUCCAGAAAGAAGUCUCCCUCCUGGAGGUGAUCCUACAAGGAGCCCAUGUCUCCAAGGAGGUGAAGGCCAAAUAUGAUAAAUGGCUGAGCAAAGAGAACCUCCCGGAAGAAUUUAGAGGGAGGGAAACCAAAGCUAGAACUUCGCACGGUUUCUCCUUUGGGAGUAUGGAGGAGCUUGUCGACCAGUUGUGUGGGCCACUCCUCUCUCCACUAUUGGUUGAGGACACUAUAAUCCGGCGGCUUCCGGACACUUUCAUUUUGACCUGUCAGUUUGAUGCCUUGAGAGACGACGGGGUUUUGUACAAGAAGCGUCUGGAGGACAAUGGGGUCUCGGUCACCUGGUGCCACUUAGAGGACGGCUUCCAUGGAUUUCUGAAUUUUAUCAACAAUAAGCCUUUUGCUUUUUCGAUUUGCAAAGAAGGAGCAGACAACAUGGUCAACUAUAUCAGACGUUUCUAAGAAAACAUUUCAAAUCUCCAGGUCCUCCGCGGUGAAGACUGUAUGAUCUACGUAAGAAUUAAAAAUUGCUCUCUCCGGGAAUCCUGAGACCAUAUUAUUAUUAUUAUUAUUAUUAUUAUUAUUAUU